AUGUUCUGUACGCCGAUCUUCAUACACUCCUUCGUAGUCUUCGUGCGACUAUACUGGUUUGAGCGACGAUUCCAGAACAUCGUGAAAGAAGCCCGGCACUUUCGCCGCUCAAGGUCGUUUCACAGAACGGAAGCUAAGAAUGAGGGAGGACCACGUGGACUUGAAGAUGGAGUAAGAGGGAAGAGUAUUGUUGUGCUACAUAACAAGCGGGCUCUCGGAACGGGGGAAAGACCCCCUUCUAGCGACGAGGAAAAAGAGUCAGGAACCGCUUCGGAAUCUAGUCAACAAACCAAGGUCCAAGACCAGCCAGCCCCCUUUCACCGCGAUAUCACUUUUGCGGACGAAAUUCCAAAGCGUGGUAGCGACGAUUCAGACCCUCCUAUUUUACCCAGACAGAUUAGUCCAGAGCAACACAUCGCUAUUCGUGAGAACCAAAGAAAUCCAAAGGAUAAAAGUGCGCUCCGAAUACCUGGUCCAAAAGACUUCGAUCGUGGACGGGAGCCGGAACCACUCAAUAGCGAAGACGCCCAAGAGGGCGAGGCUGCUCUGCAAACCUCAAACUCUAGUGAUCCUUUGGAAUCGGCUGACAAAUUGACUGAUAGGCGCGUCAUUAAUAUUGAUCAACCAGGGAAUCCUCACGUUCGCACGAGGACUAACACAUUUUCUAGACUGUCCAGGCCGAGGAGUGACCACAAGGAUCUGAGUAACGCUCCUACAGAGGAAUUAGCCCCACAUUCUGCGCGUCUGAAGACCCGCACGGGAACAUUUUCGAGCUUGAACAAAUGGGCGUCAAAGGAAAAUGAACCUGUUGCUCCAUACCUAAGUUGGCAGCCUACAAUUGGCAGGAAUUCUGCAUUUGUAGACCUGACGGAGGAGCAGAGAGAGGAGCUUGGAGGCAUAGAAUAUCGCUCACUGAAGACGCUAGCAGUGGUCCUGCUGAAUGAUGAAACGAUUAACAGUAUUAAUCCAUCUGGCUAUCGUGUACUGAACGGGCUUUUUCAAGCAGCGAGCACGAGGACGGCCGGAUUUGCUUCAGUCAACUUGGCCAACCUUCACCCAGGUAUCCAAGUAUCUUACAUGAUCAUGAUGUAUAUUUCGGUCUUUCCGAUCGCUAUAUCUAUGCGAAGAACUAAUGUAUACGAAGAGAAGAGUCUCGGCAUCUAUACAUCUGCUGACGAAGAUGCUGAAGAUGAGAAGGAGCCUAGCUACGUAGGUGCUCACUUGAGGAAGCAAUUGAGUUUCGAUUUGUGGUACAUAUUCCUUGGGCUUUUCAUCAUUGCUAUCGCAGAAGGCAAGCACCUGGAGAAUACCAAUGAAUUUGCAUUUACCUUGUUCUCGGUGUUAUUUGAGAUUGUAUCUGCGUACGGAACUGUGGGACUCUCUCUAGGAUAUCCGAACGUGAAUUCAUCUUUUUCGGGGCAAUUCAGCGUGGUAUCAAAGCUUGUCAUCAUAGCUAUGGAGAUUCGUGGCCGGCACCGUGGAUUACCCUACGAAUUGGACCGAGCAAUACUAUUACCAAGCGAUCGAUUGCACAAGAAAGAGGACGCAGAUGCUAGCAAGCGGGUGCAUAGACGCAACUCGAACCUGGGUGCUGCGGCUCCUCCUGGCCACAAUCUUACUAGUAGAGGCUCUACCCUUGCUAGAACGCCAACUUCAAUCAAACCGCAAGCACAGCAGACAGACAUAGCUGACUCCUCUGGACGUGAUUUCUCGGUUGCAGAUUCAAAUGAGCAUCCUGUCAGUUCGCGUCACUCAGGCCAUCUACGGCGCGGGCUGGGAAAAUUCAUGGCUGGCAUAGCUAAUGGACACUAG